AUCCAACAUAUCAGAACAAAGUUAAAGCUCACUUUCUCAUUUUAAAAAUUUUCAUAAAAAAACAAAUUAUUAAAUAACUGAUCGAACAUUAAGUUUCGAUAAUAAAAAAAAAACAAUUCUUCUUUUUUUUGAAAUCUUUCUAAAUAAGAUGAGGAUUUUUUUAAAAUGUUAAUACAACAUCAAAAAACAAAACAAAAUGUGUACAUUCAGUUCAAAAAUUUUUGCCUAUCUUCACAUCUAAGUGCUCAUCAAAAAUGUCUAAAAAAUUCAUCAAUAGUAGCAUUACUAGAAUAAUAUUCUGCUUUUAUUUUUUGUUCGUCUAAAAUGUUUUUCUAAGAAAUGAUGAUAGGUUACUCAAUCUGUUUCUAUUAUUGCUGAUAAUACUUUAUUAGAAAAAAAAAAAAAGAAGAAAGAAAUCGUGUAUACUAUGAUUAAUAAUUCAUUUUAAAGAGCCGCCUCUAAGAUCUUGAACAUGGUAAAGAAAAUAAAAAUAAAAAUAUGUUCUUUUUUACUUUGAAAUAUGAACCAUCGUACUACUAAAGUUUUGAUCACGAAUAAUAGGUGUGAGAUGAAAAAACUGCGGUAUUAUGUGUAACAUUCUCUGUCGUUCCUGCCCCCCCCCCCUCCUUUCCAUAUUUUUUAUCUCUUGCUCACCUAUACUUUCGAGUCUAAUCUCCCAAUUGAAUGUCAAAGUUAAAGAACACGCAAUCACAAUACAGUCAAGUUUUUUAGAAGUGAAAAGAGAAAAAUUAAAAACUCCCUACUUCAAAACAAAAGGUUUUCUAUUACUUUUUAUUGUUUAACUAAAGUGCAAACUCUAAAAGAGAGAUUCAUUAGAGGUCGGCGAGUAAAGACUUUUCAUCUGGAAAAAGAAGUAUGAUACACCAUCAAAUAUAGAUAUAAAAUGAUGAUGGUCUAGUGAAUUUAGACAUUUGAGUUCUUGAUAGAAAAAAAAAGUGUCCAUUUUGAUUGAUACUGCAUUGUUCAAACAAGAAGUUUAUCAAUAAUAUUUUAUAUGUUUAAAUUUUGAUUUACCGAGCUCCAUUUCAACUUAUCAUCGAUUAGUGAAACGUCACAAUUAAAGUAUGUGAAAAUGUACAGCUUUUUCUCGUUUUAUUGUUUAUUAUCGAAAGGAGAAGAAGAAAAAAACCGGAAAAUUAUUUUUAAUGCAAAAAAGAAAAAAAAGUUUUCGUUUUUUUUCUUCUUCUCUCUAUGUAUGUGUGUGUGUGUGUGCGAUGUGUUCAAAAAAAAAAGGGAGAGACAAAAAAAUAAGUAUCUCAUUGGAGUAUCAUCGAUUAAGAGAAAAAAAAUCAUCUUAACGGAAAAGCCGAAUUGUAUAGUCAAGUAGUUAAAAGUAAUUUACGCCUCGGGUAGCAUUAGAUAAAAAGAAAUUCAUAAAUGCCAGGUAAAAAAGUCUUCGUCUUAAAUAUUAUAAUUCAUCAACAAAAGUCUGUUUGUCAAUACUAAUAGAGUGGUGGUUGUUUUAGAGGAAUGAGUUCGCAUCUUCAGAAUCCACAGAAGUCAUACUAAAAGCUUCUUUUUCUAAAAAGAAAUAGAUAAAUUUUACGCAGAUGAUGAGCAUCAAGCAUCCAAAAUUAUUGACAAUAUUACUAAAGUAGAAAAAACGGUUGAAGGCAAAAAAAGACUGAUGAGUUAGAAGGACAAGAGUCUAUAGGUUAGAUAUCAAUUUCAGUUUUUUGUUCACCAAAUUAAACUAUUAAACGACAUUUGAAAAAAACAGUCGGAUAAAAAGAUUAUUCGUCAAUGUUCCUUGAUACCGAUGGUAUAAAUAAAAGUAAAUUUUAUCUUUUAAGGAGAUCGAUUGUUAAAUAUUCCUUGUAAAGUAUGUGGUGAUCGAAGUUCUGGCAAACAUUACGGAAUCUAUAGUUGCGAUGGUUGUUCAGGAUUUUUUAAACGUAGUAUUCAUCGUCAUCGACAUUACGUCUGUAAAGCACAAGGUGAAACGAAGGAUAAAUGUCCUGUGGAUAAAACUCAUCGUAAUCAAUGUCGAGCAUGUCGAUUACAAAAAUGUUUUGCUGUUAAUAUGAAUAAAGAUGCUGUACAACAUGAACGUGGACCAAGAAAAUCAAAGUUAAAAUUGCAACAAGACUUAUCACCACCAUCGACAUCAUGUUCUUCCAGCAAAUGUGUUUCUCGAUCUAAAAAGAGUUGGACAUUAUUUAGUCCUCCAAAAAUUGAGCCAGGAUCGAUAAUUUUGAGCCAGACAACAUUGUACGAAGCAGCUGCUCGUCUAUUGUUUACAAUGAGUAAUUGGUUACAUACUGUUCAUACUUUCAAAUCAUUGGAUAUUGAAGAUCAGAAAUGUUUAUUAGAAGAUAGUUGGCAUCGUAUAUUUUUAAUAAAUCUCAGUCAAUGGAUAUUACCAAUUAUGUCAAUUCAGUUAAGUUCUCUAAUGACAAGUCAAAUUGAUACUCAAAUGAUAUUGGAUUGUGUUUACAAAUUACGAUCCUUAUCUUUGGAUUUUUAUGAAUAUACAUAUGCAAAAGGAAUUACAUUGUAUCAAAAACCAAUACUAUCAUCAAACAAAAUUUAUAUUGAUUCAUGUCAAGAAUAUAUCAUGUUUUUAUUACGUACAACUCUGGCAAACAACAGUACAUCAUUAAAAUUUAAUCAAUUAAUGACAGUAUUAAAUCAAUUAAAUCAUAUAUCACAAAAAAUUGUUCAAGAUUUAUUUUUUCCAAGUAUUGGUACAGUUCCUGUUCAAAAACUAUUGUGGGAAUUAUAUAAAAAUAAAAACUUUGCCAAUGCUGAACCAAAUAACGUCUAA